GGUUUUUAAAUAACUUUAGUAAAACAAAGUAGUUGAAAAAUAAGUUUUGAGUUUUGUGUGAUGAUGCCCAAACAUAUAUUAUAUGUGUACUAGUUUAUAAAAAUGGUUUUCUAUUUUCAAAGUGAUGUGGUUUCGCCACCGGCCUUAAUUUACAUGGGAAAGGAUAAGUAUGAAAAUGAAGAACUUAUUCGAUGGGGCUGGCCAGAGGAUGUUUGGUUCCAUGUUCACAACUAUUCUUCUGCUCAUGUAUACUUGAGGCUAAAAGAGGGUCAAUCUGUAGACGAUAUUCCACAGGCUCUGAUCAAUGACGCUGCGCAGUUAGUAAAAUAUAACAGCAUUCAAGGGAAUAAAAUUAACAAUAUAGAGGUCGUUUACACAUUAUGGUCCAACCUUAAGAAAACACCUGAUAUGGAGGUUGGUCAGAUAGGAUAUUUUUGUGAAAAGGAUGUGAAAAAAAUCCGCGUUGAAAAACGAGUAAAUGAAAUUAUCAAUAGACUAAACAAAUCGAAAACUGAAGAUCAUCCGGACCUACGACGGCAAAGAGAAGAACGCGACGCCGAUGAAAGAAGGAAAAACAAGCACAGUUUAAAAGCUCAACGAGAGAAGGAAGAGGAAGAAAUGAAACGUCAGAAGGCCGAAGCAGAGAGCCGUAGUUACGAUAAAUUAUUUAAACCGGAAAGCAUGACUACUAAUUAUGAUGAUGGAAAUGACUCUGAUGAUUUUAUGUAACAAUAAAAUUUUUAAAUCUACAUAUGAAAUUAAAUAUA